AUGCGACUAACAGCAGUAGAUUCGCAGUCUAUUUUUGAUUCUCUAAGUUCCAUUGUAGAGAAACAAUUGGGUCUCAGCUGGUUGGAUGUAGUUGCUGUGUGCUUUGAUGGAGCCGCUACUAUGGCGGGAUGCUCAAACGGUGUCCAAUCAAAAUGCAAAGAAAUAAAUUCUAAAAUAUUCUAUGUUCAUUGUCAUGCACAUUGCCUAAACUUAGUAUUGGUAGAUUCUAUUGGCCGAAAGAAUCGAAUAGUUUUUGAUUUCUUUGAAAAAGUAGCCAAAGAAAUAAAUUUAACUCUUAAGACUCUAAAAUCUAUUUCUACAACACGAUGGGCGUGUCGAUUUGAAGCUGUCGCCGCAGUAAAAAAUAAUUAUUUGGCCAUUAUCUCUGCAAUCCAAAAGAUCUGUGACACAACUAAAAUUCCAGAUGUUAGAUCAAAGUCAAGAGGUUUACUAAUGCAAUUACAAACAUUUGAAUUCAUUUUUGCACUAAAUAUGCUACAUCCUCUUUUACUACUCAUUGUCAAAGUUAAUUCAUGUCUCCAAGCUGAGAAUUUAGAUCUAUUAAAUUCUCUAAAUAUGAUCAAAUCACUAAAACUGAGCAUAUCUCAAUUAAGAUCAGAUGAUAACUUAUUUAAAAAAGUUUAUAAUGAGACAGUUGAGUGUUGUACAGAAACUGGAGUGAUCAUUCCUCAAGUAAAAAAAAGAAAAAUCUCUUCAAAAAUUGAUCAAUCAUCGGAAAAUCAAUAUUUUGCAUGUACAAAAGAAGAAGAGAUGAAAGUUACGAGUUUUAAUGUUGUUUUAGAUGACUUGUUAAAUGGUUUGAAUGAUCGUUUUAAUCAGGAAACAUUAAAACUUAUACUUACUGUAACGAAUAUAUUAAAACUUGAGCCAUCUCAAGAAGAUCUAUUGUAUUUGAAUAAUGUAUUUGGAAUCGAUAGUGAGCAAAUUCAAGUUGAAAUUAUGUUACUUAAAAAUAUACCAAAUAUACCAUCUGGAACCAGUUCUAAAACACUUCAUCAAUGA